AUGGUUAUUAAACCAUUCUCCCACCUUGCACGACAGAGCUUUGCCAAAACACUCGCGCACGGCUACGCUCAGUCAGUUGUCGCCGCCUCUCAGUCUUCCUACGCCUCGACCACCGGUUCCCUCGGUCAGUUUCACAACUACCCUGUUCACAAGUUUGCUCGCACUACUCAACUCCAAAACGUAUUCCAAACUGCGUCUAGCUCGUCUGGUGCAGGAGCCAAGACCGGGCAUGCUAGUCAUGGGGCUUCCACAAAUGGUGAUGGCGGAUUAGCUGCAUAUUAUGCCGCCUGGCAGCAUGCGCAGCAGACCGGAGACGAUAGUGAUUGGAGACAACAUCAGUUCUCCAAAAAGAUCGGAUGGAAGUCUGGUGGCAGAAAGAGCGAGAUCAAGCGCAGACACCGACAUGACUUAAGUUUGACACCUGAUUCUCUACGGCCACUUCGAACCUCGGCCGACCGGGCUUUCAGCGAGACGGAUCUCCACCAUCUCAGAAUUAGCCCGGAAGCUGAAGCAGAGGCUCUUGACAGAGUCAAUGAGGCAAUUGCGCAAGAAAUCCAUGCUGUCAAGGAGUCAAAUCUGACCUCAGCUACUGCCGAGACUUCCCUUCCGAUCAAUGAGCCGAGUAACAAUGUUGGGGCGGAAGCAGCACAAAGACCGAUGGAAGCUGUGGACGAAGAACUAGGUACACCAUCAUCGUCUGAUGUACACACGUCAAGCCGGGACACCAGGCUUACCUCGCCAGCUGCUGAGAUCCAGUCAUCUUCUGACCAGAUUGUGGAACUGAGCCGAGUCGGACAGUAUUCAAGCAUCCCAGCCGUGUUCGAGGACAUGCUCAAAGGCGGUGUGGUGCCAACCGUCGAAGCAUACAACGCCAUCCUUGUGUCCGCAAUCCAAUUGACCAAGAAUGUAUACCAGGUUCUACCAAAGGCUCUUGAAGUAUAUGGAGACAUGCUACGUCGAAAUGUUGCACCCAACGAUGAUACCCACAUUAUACUAAUCGAUUUCCUUACGGCGCAAGCUCGGGAUGCACACGCUGCAAAGGCCGCCUUGGAGCUAAAGCGAACACGAUUUGGCAGCGCAGAGGGCGCAUUUCUCUUCAGGUCCAGCGAGCUGGAGCACGAACUGCUAGCUGAAGACUCCUCGCUACAAUUUGCUCUCCAGCAGUAUCAAACAGCAAAAUCGCGGCUUUCCGGCAUUAAGUUGCCUGCACAGCUAUAUUUCGCAUUGAUUCAAGCUUGUGCCCAGCACUGUCGUGUUCGGCAAAUGGUUGAGAUCUUCUCGGACUUGAAAGCCCAAAAAGUCAUUCCUCCGGGGGCCUUGUUCAUCCCAAUGAUCAGGGCAUUUGCUGAAGUAAAAGAUCUCAAGGCUGCCAACAGAAGCUAUGAAGAAUACAGGGCACUUGCAGUUGCAAACACCGCAGGUGAUAUUAACAUGAUUGACAGACAGGACAUGAUGGUGUACGCGGCUUUGUUGAAGGCUUUCCUGACCAGUGACAAUGCAGCCGGGGGCUUGAGGUUUCUGGAUCGAAUUCUGCACUCCUACGAAAAUGCUGCAGAGACUCAGAGUCUUGUGACAGCCAUGGAGAAUACCUUCUGCAGCACCUUUGUGGAGAACGCCAUUGAGAAGCGCGACUUUGAGGGAGCACUGGCUUUUGUACGGUCUCGAAAGUUGGAUGAAAUAACCUCGGAUCGGCUCUUUAGCAGCAUCUGUGCAGCUGCAGCCGACGCCAGCCAUAUAUCUACGGCAGAGGCAGCUUACAAACUUGUCAGCUAUCAGAGUGUUGAACACCUCAAUGCCACUUCUGCAAUACUCGCGGCCAACCUUCGAUUGGGCCGAAUCGAACAGUCCCGAUCAUUAUGGGGUGUUAUGACUGCCAACCCGCAGACUGUGGCCUCCUCCUUGGAAUUGACAACCAUGUACGCUUGUAGUUUGUUGAAGUUCGGUUACACCGAAGAGGCCUUUCUGCAGGCACGUACAAUGUUUGGACGAGUCAGAGAGUCGGCGCCAGAUCAAAGCAGUCGCACCAAUACCAUGGAGUUGAUCGACGAGUCCAUCGUCAUGUUUGGAGAAAUUCUAAUGAAGAUGAACGCAGUCAUCUCGGCUCAAGCCAAUAUGCAUCUCGUCAGAAUGAUGCUUGAGAAUGGUGGGCUGGUGUCUCCAGUUGCAGAGCACGCAAUGGCCAGUAUUGGGCCGGAAUGCGUUCAUCAAUUGAACCCUCAGGACAUCGCUCUCGCCCUCCACGUCCAAGCUGGCAUGUUGUCACAGGGCUCCAGUGUCUCUGACCCAGCUCAUGCUCCUCGAUUCGCACAUCUCCUCGAGACAGUGCUGAAUCGCGGCAUUCCCGUAGAUCCUUCCACUGUCCACGCCGUGACGGAAUGCAUUUCCAAAUUGAGCAACGCACGACCCGACCUUACUCAGCGAUGGGAAGGUUUCCUCCAGCCCGCGCAACCUGUUGAGACCGUUGCUUCACCCUACGUCCCAGCAUCGCCAAUAUCGCCGGCCGUUGACUUUCAAGCACAGCACGAUAGCUUCGAUCCUUACGCUCACAACACGGAUUUUAGGGCGUCUUCCACCAUCGCUGAACAACUUGAAAGCAGCACCGGCAGACUCGAGAAUCAUCUCAGCGAUGCCUUGAGCAGAUUUCGCAACGUGCGUCGUGCUGGCAGACACCCCAGGUAUACCACCUAUGCUAAGCUCAUCACUGCUGCUGGGAAGACAGGACAGGUACAUUUGGUUCAUGAAAUCUUGGGCAUGGCACGCCACGAUGUCCCCUUCACCGUACAGUAUAGUGCUGUGAAGGCUGGCUGGGUAUCGAUUCUUGAUGCGAUGGUUGCAGCUUGUCUUACGAUUGGUGACCGGCAACUUGCAUCCAAAUAUCACCAAGAUCUACUUGAAAUGGGAGCGGCGCCCUCUGCGAACACCUUCGGGCUCUACAUCACCACUUUGAAGGAAUCGACAAAGACAUUCGACGAAGCCACCGAAGCUGUGAAAAUCUUCCAACGCGCCAUCUCAGAAGGUGUUGAGCCAGGGGUCUUCCUUUACAAUGCUGUCAUUGGAAAGCUCGGCAAAGCUCGACGCAUCGACGAUUGUCUCCUCUACUUUGGCGACAUGCAGUCACGUAACAUCAAACCCACUAGCGUCACAUACGGUACUCUGGUUAACGCGCUGUGUCGAACCAGUGAAGAAAGAUUUGCUGAGGAAAUGUUCGAUGAGAUGGAGUCGAUGCCAAACUACCGACCCAGAGCUGCGCCUUACAACUCGAUCAUCCAAUUCUUUCUCAACACCAAGCGUGAUCGCAGCAAGGUCCUUGGGUAUUUCGAACGAAUGAAGUCGAAGAACAUCAAGCCCACAAGCCACACCUUUAAGCUGCUAAUUGAGGCUCAUGCUUCGCUUGAGCCGGUUGAUCUGAAGGCUGCCGAGGCUGUUCUGGCUGAUGUCAAAGCUGCAGGGAUGGAACCGGAAGCAGUCCACUAUGGCUCUCUCAUCCAUGCCAAAGGCUGUAUCAUGCACGAUAUGGCGGGAGCACGAGCUCUGUUCGAUUCUGUUGUCUCAAGCGGCACCAUCCGUCCGACUGAUAAUCUCUACCAAAAUCUGUUCGAAGCGAUGGUCGCCAAUCAUCAGGUAGCUGACACCACCGAAGUCCUCCGAAGCAUGCCGAAACGGAACGUCGCCAUGACUCCAUACAUUGCGAAUACUCUCAUUCACGGCUGGGCCGCGGAAGGUAACAUCAUGGAAGCAAAAGCCAUCUAUGACAGCCUUGGCUAUGCCAACCGAGAACCCAGCACGUACGAAGCCAUGACUCGGGCAUUCCUUUCAGCAGAAGAUCAUCAAAGUGCCUCUGCUGUUGUGCAAGAAAUGAUUUCGAAGGGUUAUCCUCCAGCUGUGACCGAGAAGGUGCUCGUCCUCGUUGGAGGAGCACCUGCGUAA